AAUAGGUGAAUAUUUGUUGUGUACUCUAUCGAUAUGUCGUCGAGGCUUACAUCUCUAAUCGGCAAGGCUUUUGCAUAAGCUUUCAUUCGCAUUGACCAAGACACAUACAUAUGGGCAGUAGCAUCAUCUCGCAUCUGGCGCGAAAGUACGGUGCAGUGAUAUUCUUUCCAACUGUUACAGUCGGCUCCAUUUACGCUGAUUGGUCCCAUACACGCGAGUGGAAGCGCCAACAAAAUUUAGCAGCACAAAGCGCGGCGCUGAAGAGUCAAAGCUAA